AUGGCCGGCUUUUCGUAUGCGGAUAAGGUUAAAACGCUGAAUGUGAUGAAAAGAGAGGUAAACUUCAGAAAAAUGGAUGCUACGGAGACGGUUCAAGAUGUGAACGUGUUUAUCCCUCGUGAGGUAAUUCAAAAGGUUCAAGAUAAGUUUGAGAAUGUGUUGUAUGGAUAUUUUUUGGGCAAUCGGCUUCCUUUUCCGGUUGUGGAAUACUCUGCCAAAAACGUCUGGUCUAAACAUGGAUUUGCCAAGAUUAUGAUGAAUUCGGAAGGGUUUUUCUUUUUUAAGUUCGAUUCUAAAGAGGGAAUGAUGAAAGUGCUUGAAGGAGGGCCUUGGUUAAUCAGGAAGGUUCCACUUUUCUUGAAUAUUUGGUCGCCUUCGGUUAAUCUUAGAAAGGAGUGUAUCAAAUCGGUUCCGGUUUGGGUUAAGUUCCAUAAUGUCCCUAUUGCAAUUUAUACGGAUGAUGGGCUGAGUUUGUUGGCUUCUAAGUUGGGGGCACCAAAAAGGUUAGAUGGUUAUACAGCGGAUAUGUGUGUGGAUAACUGGGGGAGGAGUAGCUUUGCCCGGGCCCUGAUUGAGAUUAGUGCGGAUAAUGAGUUAAAGGAAUUUAUUACGGUGGCCAUUCCGAAGCUUGAUGAGGAAGGCUAUAUUACAGAAAAGGUGAAGAUUGAGUAUGAAUGGAAGCCUCAGCGUUGUUCGGUGUGCUGUGUUUUUGGACAUAACGACCAAACAUGCCCUAAGAAUAUAGUAACUAAAGCUAAGCAAGUUGUCAUAGAUGACGAGGGUUUCAUAACGGAUAAGAGGAAAACAGCUAGAAUUGGGGUUAUGCCAAAGAAGCAGAAGGCCAAGUUUGUGUAUAGGCCGAAAGUUGGGAACGUGGGUGCAAGCUCGUCGGGUACGAAAGAUGAUAAGUCGGACUCCAGUGGGAAUACUAAUGCGGCAGCUAAGUCGGGAGGUAGUGUUGAAACCAGAAAUCCGUUUGAAGUGCUUUCUGAUAACCCGGGGGGACCUGAGGGUGGUAAUGGGUCGGUGAAUGAGAAGAGGUCUAACAUGGAAAAUGAUAGUGGUAAUCAUGCGUUGUCGGAUGAGGAGGUAGUGGAAACAAUUCCAACAGAAUCGUCGGAAUUCAUGAGACAUGAUAAACGGCCAGUUUUUGAGGGGGCAAGCACUCCCGGUGUUGUCGGUUUAAAUGGAUAG